UUAUGCGUACUUGAUUACUUGCUUGUAAAAAUCACCUUCAUAUUAAGCUUUCUUUGACCCUACCUUUAUCAAGGAUACAAAAAAAUAUCAUGAUACGACUAACGACAUUCUAUAAUUACAACCAAUCCAAGAUCAACACUUGGUUCCUCCUACACACAGGCUGGCUACUGCUGUAGUUGAUGGCGGACGAAGUCGAAACUCCGAUGCUACUCAACCCCGUCGACGGCGCCGUUGACUACAAAGGUCGUCCGUUUUUCAGAUUCAGAUGCGGAGGUUGGAGAUCAGCGUCUUUAAUCAUAGGUGUUGAGGUUGCUGAGAGAUUCGCCUACUAUGGGGUCAGCUCAAACCUCGUGACCUAUCUGACUGGGCCACUCGGAGAGUCGACGGCAACCGCGGCGGCCAACGUCAAUGCUUGGGCAGGAACGGCGGCGUUGCUGCCUCUCUUGGGAGGAUUCAUCGCCGAUUCUUUUCUUGGGCGAUAUCGAACCGUUAUUGUUGCUUCUCUGCUUUAUAUUUUGGGACUAGGUCUGUUGAGUAUGUCAGCUACUUUGCCAUCUGUGAGUGGUUUUGGCUGCCAAAACAACAACAAUAUGCUUUGUUCUACUCCUCAGUUCCGUGUAAUACUGUUCUACUUUUCCUUAUAUUUAGUAGCAAUUGGCAAAGGUGGACAUAAGCCAUGCACUCAGGCUUUUGGAGCUGAUCAGUUCGAUGGUCAAGAUCCAGAGGAGUGCAAGUGCAAGAGCUCAUUCUUUAACUGGUGGUAUUGUUGUGCUGCUGCAGGUGUUAUAGUAUCAGUUUUAAUCGUAAGCUACAUACAAGACAACCUGAGUUGGGCUCUUGGAUUUGGACUUCCUUGUAUUGCGAUGGUCAUUGGAUUGGUUGUUUUCUUGCUUGGAACUACAACUUAUAGGUAUAGCAUUGAGCUGAACAAGAGAGGUCCCUUUGUGAGAAUUGGUAGUGUGUUUGUUGCAGCAUUUAGGAACAGGCGAAGAACUCUUGGAUUAUUGCCUGACCGAGAUUCUGAUCAAUUCAGAUUCCUCAACAGAGCACUGCUCGCACCAACUCAUUUGCAGGAAGAUGAUUGUGUUUGUAGCAGAGCUGAUAUCGAAGAAGCAAAGGCUGUACUUAGGCUUGUUCCAAUAUGGUUGACAUGCUUGACAUAUGGUAUUGUGUUUGCACAAUCGUCAACCUUGUUUACAAAGCAAGGGGCCACCAUGGACAGAACGAUUGUCUCAGGCUCUAGCUCUAAAAUAUCUGCUGCUUCACUUCAGUGCUUUAUAUACCUUACCGUUCUUAUCUUCUUGCCCAUUUAUGAUCGCAUUUUUGUUCCAGUGGCUAGAACUUUCACUAGAGCACCAUCUGGAAUCACAAUGCUGCAGAGAAUAGGAGUUGGGUUUUUGUUUCAUGCUUUGAGUAUGGUCGUUGCAGCUCUUGUUGAGUUGAAAAGGCUCAAAACUGCUCAAGAAUACGACCUAGUUGAUAUGCCAAGUGCAAUGAUUCCAAUGAGUGUGUGGUGGUUGUUACCUCAGUACCUCCUCUUUGGAAUAGCUGAUGUUUUCAGUUUGGUUGGCAUGCAAGAGUUCUUCUAUGACCAAGUCCCAACAGAGUUAAGAAGCAUAGGACUUGCCCUUUACUUUAGUGUAUUUGGCAUUGGGAGCUUCUUAAGCAGCUUUCUUAUUUCUGUCAUUGAGAAAGCAACAGCAGAUGGAGAAGGAAGAAACAGCUGGUUUUCUAAUAACCUGAAUCGGGCUCAUCUUGAUUACUUCUAUUGGCUUCUUUUUGGACUUAGUACUGUCGGGUUUGCUGCCUACUUACAUUUUGCAAAUUCUUAUAUUUAUAAUACAAGAGGUAAAAGAUAAAUUCACUUUCUGUGUAUAAUUAUUGUGUACACAUGUAAUUAGUGAACUACUGCCUACGAGAAAUUGUAAUAUAAAACAUUCCAGUUGUAGAUGUCAAAUUUCCAAAAAUGCAAUCUCAUUUUUGGCAGUCAA